GCCAAGGUCUGAGAGAUGAUCUUAGGCGUGAGCUUUUCCUUCGAGGUAUCACUACUCUUGAUCACGCUUACUCUGUAGCUCGAGAUUAUGAGCUGAUUAUUAGUACUCCAUAUGAAAAGCGUGGUCAUCGUCGUUCACCCAUCUCAUUAGCGUCGUCUCACCAUAAGUCUAUCAUAAAGCCUUCUCCGUCUAAUGUUCCUUCCAUUUGGAAAAAUAAUUGUAAAAAUCGUGAUAGUCCAAGACCUUCUUCUCUAUGUAGAAAGCGUAUUGACAAUCAUCCUUUGGUUUCAUUGGCUCCACUUCCUCCCGUUAAGUCCCUUCUAUGACCUCCCCCUUCUAAUGUUUGUCCAAUCUUGGAAAAUAAGGGUAGAAUUUCUGAAACUCCAAGGUCUUCUUCUCACUUGCAGUGCGUCAACUGUAAGGACUUUGGUCACAUUUCUUCCAAAUGUCUUAAUUGAACCUUAGUCAUUGAAGAACGAAAGAAUGUAAUAAAUGAGCCGUUAGAAGAUCUAGUUUAUGAACCUAAAAUUGAAGAUUUUGAUGACUUGGAUGAUAGUGAGACACUUCCUUAGGUGGAAUCCAGACUCUUCCCGAGACUUUAGAUACUAUAUCCCUUAUCUCCGACAGUUCUCGAUCACAUGUUAUAUGUCAUACCCUUACCCAAGUUAAAGAGCUUGAUGAUGUCACUAGUCACCCUUGGAGAAUUCAGUCGCCUGUGGUUAGCACUAAAUCAAAAUUCUCCACUACUGAGCAACCUCAAACUGAUGUUCAAAACAAAAUUGCUAACCAAAAUCUUGGCAAUUUAUUACAGUUUCUAGUCCGAAAAAUCUUGAGAAUUGGGACUUGAUCCCCCAACCGUUCAAGUUGCAUUUAACAAUCUUGUGAACUAGUCUUUAGGUCUAAAUCCCUUUGAAGUCAUCCAUGGUUGUAAAUCUAGGAAAUCUUUAGAUCCUAUUCCUAUGCACCCACAUGCUUGAUUGUCUAUGUCAGUUGAGGUAGUUGUAUCACAUUUUCAUAGCUUGCAUAUUGAGACAAAUAAACAAUUUGAAGCAAGUAACGCAUUAUAUAAACCUCGAGCUAAUUGGCAUAAAUAACAUUUUGAAUUUGUUAUUGGGGAUUAUGUUAUAUUGCAAGAUCGUAAUGCUGGUCCUUUUAAAAUUUCAAAGCAUGUUGGUCUAAAUGCAUAUGUCAAUGACCUUUUAUAACAUUAUUACUACCACCGUAUUUUAUUUGUUAUGGACUUCAAUGCUUACAAAGGCUAUUUUAACCCCUCUGAUGACUCGUUUCUACCUCCACAUGAGAAUUCCCACAUUGAAUCUUUUGCUAUGUCCACUUCAAUCCCACCUAUCAUGGCGCACAAAAAUAAAAUUAAUGUUAUUUUAGAUGAACAGAUUGUGUUAACCAAUGAUAGAGAGAUUUAGUGCUUUCUUGUUCGUUGGAUGGAUCGACUUGAUUCUGGCAGCACAUAGAUUCCCAAAGAGAGACUUCAGCGGCGUGAGCUAAAUUCAUUGGAGCUUUAUAAGAGUCGACAAAAUCCUCAUUCGCCUAAAUUAUCUUGGUCAGCUCAUAUUUUUGCGGGUAAUUUGCAAUUGGCGUUGUCAUCAUUUGUGGAAUUUCGAUAUUUGGUUCGUCAGAAAGAUCGUCCCCCAAGUAUGACUUGGAGCCUUUAGCAUCAGAUUCAUUGCAACAUUUUGAUUUAUACACUCGACGGGGCCUAGUUUUUCUCCCACCCCGGGAGAGUUGAUGCGGACAUCCAUUUACUAUUUAUUUUCUAUUUGGACUAUUAGUUAUAUUCUAUUUGGAUUAUUAUUUAUGUUUUUGUUAUUAGGCUUGUAUAAUGGGUUUGGCCCAAACCCUUCUCUUUAGGGUUUUUGUUUUGCUAUUUAUUUAUGUUUUGUUGCGUAUUUAAGACAGUUGAUGAACGAUGAAAAUAAAUGAUAUGUUUGUGCCUCAAGUUUUCCUUUCCCUUUCUCCCUAACUUCUCCUUCUUCUCCGGGUUUCUUUCCCCCUGCUGCCGUCUUCUUCUUCUCUUCUCGUUCUUGCAAAGGUUCUACAAUUCUGCUUCUUCACCGCUGUUUUAUUCUCUGCCGGAAUCCUCUUUAUCCGGCAUCAAGUACCCAUGUUGGACACGACACGACAUAGGUACGGGUAUGAGAUAUAUAUUAGAUCCUCCAAAUUUCAACCGGACACUUCGCCAUUUUUUGCUUCUUCUUUUUUCUUUUCCUUUUCUUUCCCGUUUCUACUCUAUAAACCCAGCACCGCUUCCGAGAGGGUGGAGAAAUGUGACGUCACUAGGUUUUCUCUUCUUCUUCUUUCUUUUUUCUUUCCCUUUUCUUCCCUUAUUCCUUCUUUCUCUCUCUGUAUCAGCAGUUUAGGGUUUUGCUUGUAUGAAAUGAAAAUGGGUUCCAUAUAAUGCUACUUAGUGCUCCACUAAGUCCAAAUUGCAAUCGAGUCCCUCAUUUUCUAUUUUAUAUAACAUUUAAUAAUUAACUUCAUAUAAUUGAAAGCUAAACCCCAAAAUUCUCUUUUAUUCGUCUUAACCUCUUAUUGAAUACUCAUUUCUUUAUUUGUAAACAAUUGAUUUUAGUAUAUUCAAAUUGACAUUUUAGGUUAGAAAAAAAUUGACGUUUGAAAGACGUAUUCAUGUACCCAUGUUCGAAUUUGAUUCUUUUUAACCAUGUCUUUGUAUUUUACAUUUUUGAAAAUAAAAGACCCGACACUUAGAUACGUACUCGUAUCCGAGUCCGAGCAUCAUAGAUAUUGAUCACUUUCAUGACAAUAAAAUAUGGUGCCUUACACGAUUAUCAUCUGAAACUCCAUUACAAUAGCAACAACAGGAUGCACAUUAUUCUAAAUAAGCUUGAAACCGGUAACAUGAGUCCUCUUUUCCCCUCUCUAUUCGAUCCAACACUAUCAAGUAUGACUAAUUGAAUCAAACAUCAUGGCAUAAAACCAAACUGGUUAUGGUAGGAUUAUGAGUUCAAUACGUAUAUACAAUUUGUGAACUUGUGAAUAAAACCUUGAUUAUUUUGUAAACUAAGCAUUAUAACAUUCUUCUUUUAUUCAUCAAAAACAUUUUUACUCGUUAAUAUCCCGUUAAAACUUUUUUGUCUAAUAUAAAUACCCACCCCAAAUAAAGACUUACAUACUUUGACAGGUGUUAAUCCAAAUCAAUUGUUUUUCUUAUCUUUAUGAAAUCACUUCAUAAUCUUCACUUUCAAAAUUUAGAUGCUUCUAUUACAAUUAGCUUUUUUGAUCUUCAAUAGAGUUUGACCGAUUCGCACGAUGUACUUUACGUGUUCUAUUAAAUAAUUUCUAGAAAUAACAAUGAAAUUGUACUUUUAGUUUCUAUCCUUAAAGUACAUUUAUUUAACUUGGUUUAGAUCUAUACUUUCUUUUCCCUUGCACAAUAUAUCUUGUAAUCCCUGUUUCCAAGUAAAUCAUUUUACUUCUCAAAUGUUCCUCCCUAGGGCUCCUGAAUUACCUUCUUGGUUUCCUGUUUUGCUAGCUUAUAUUUUGUAAAACCUCCAUGCAUUAUCCUUAAUUUCCACUAGAACCUUCUAGUUCGACCACUGUGUUUCUUUAUUAGGUAGGUUUUUACCCUUAAAAUUUCCUAUGACUUUCUUUGCUAGGUUCCUAACGAAUGAGCCACUUGAUUCCCUGUUUGGUUAUCAUUCCAUUUACAUCUAACUUUCGUUCUUCAAAAAUUUAUCCUUGAAAGUCCCUUGUAUUCAGCCUACUUUUUCAAAAAUAAUAUGUACUCUUUCAUAUCUUGAUUUACAUUAUCUUGCUAUUUUUUUCUUUUCUCCAUACAUGCAUACUGAAGUUUAUAGAUUGUAUACCCAAAUUUUUUGCCUUCUUUAUUAUCUAUUCCACAUCUUGUAAGUUGACUUCAUUCUACGCAUCACAUCUACUAUUUGUAGGAUUCUUUAGUUUCCCUAUAUUCCAAGUUCCUACUGAAAAUCUAUUACCUAAAUUUACAUUUUUACCAUCCCGAGAUUAGUUCUUGGUAUAUCCAGGUACUGUGUGUUGUUUCCUUCAAUGCGUAUGCCCUAGCUGAUACUUGCCAAGUCUUCACUAUACUUUGGGUUUGAUGAAAUCCAUAACUGGUAUUUACUGACCAAGGAAAUGAUGUGAAGGAUUUAAUUGUAAGUUGGCUGUCAACUUACACAACCUUCUUAUAUCCAUCGUUGAGACUUGUUAUUGGGAACAUUGCCAGAGUUAUUGUGAUGCAGGAUGUAAUAAGAGAAUUAUAGGAGAAGGGGAAAGGGGAGAUAAGAAGAGGGGAAGAUGAAGAGAGAAGAAAUAAGAGGGAAAUAUCAAUUUAUUUCAUAAUCAAAGGUUGUUCCAAUUACAUUGCAUAGAACCCUUUGUAUAGGGUUUAAACUAAUGCUAGUUGAAAUAGAAAAAUACUCUAAAUAACUGUUUCCUAAAAUACGCAUUAAAAUUGGAAAUUAAAUAUAAUAAUAUCCCUUCUCAUUCUCCAUCAUAUUGUUUUGAAAUUUGCCAAAUAGCUUCACUCUCUUGGUCGAUCAAGUUACAAGACAUCCUUACACUAACAACCCCCCUAGCACUCGCACAUAGAGACGAGAUAAAAAAAUCUAAUUAAAACAACUGAAUAUUGAAGGAACCUACACAGAGAUUACAAUAACAUUUUUAAACUUUCAUCCUUUAUGUCUCUAGUUGUUUUCUCUUUUCUCAGUAACAUAAAUUUCCAGUUACAUGGAAACUUUUGUUUUGAUAUUAGUAAGCGUAUUUCAAGUUUAGAUUAAGAUUUAGCAUUAAAGAAUGAGUAAUUUUAGGCAGUUCAGCACAAAAGAUUCUAUGUCUAAGAGGUAUGGAUUUAUGAUGUUGAAAUUUGUUUGCUCAAUUAUGAUUAGCAAAUCAGUGCCAGUAACUGCACUGAAAAAUCAUUUCUGGACCCACAGAAUUAUAGUACAAUGGUGGGAUCAAAAUCCAUUGGAGACCCUUUAUUUACGACGGAGAGCCAACCUGCUGGUGAACAUUUUGAGAAUUCUGACACCAAAAGACCCAUGCCCCAGUGUUUGCCGACAUCGCCUGAUCACCAAUCUCCCAAAAGUACUUCUGGGAAUGGCCAUAUUGUCUAUGUUCGUAGAAAAGCUGAAACUGAAUUUGGUAAAACAAGUUCUUGUGUCAAUCAAAAUGAUGCUAUUGUCUGUCCACAUGGAAGGAAAUCUAAUGACCAGGGUAAAACAACUCAACAAAAUCCCGAGAUGAAGGAGCCUGCAACCUUUAUCUCAAAUUCUCCAUCAAUUCAGACGGUUUCUGCAUCAGGCUUGUCUGUAAAACAUUGUGUUUCUCCUUCUCAUGGAAAGUCAAAUAAUAUCUCAUCUCCAGCAAAUAUUAGCUAUGUUCAUGUUAAUUCUGCCAAUUCUUUGUUAGAUAAUCCAAAGAGAGUGAAUGUCAAGCACUGGGAAGAGAGAUAUUGCCAAUUGCAGAAUUUAUUAACAAUUGUGGAUCAACCAGAUCAAGAUGAUUAUGUUCAGAUGCUUCGAUCACUUUCUUCAGUUGAGCUCAGCAGGCAUGCUGUUGAGCUGGAGAAAAGGUCAAUUCAGCUUUCCUUGGAGGAAGCGAAAGAGAUGCAACGGGUUCACUUGUUUGACGUGUUGGGGAAACAUACAAAGAACUUGAGAGCAUCCUCAGUUGAGUAAGGUUGGCUACAGCAGGCAAGGAAGCUAUGGACAACCAAGGCUCGUCUCCUAGACCAUACAAGUGUACUUAUUCAAGCCUUGUACACAGUACAUAACAUAUUUGUGUUUUUGGAUUAGAUUCUCAUCAAUCCCCAAGUAAGCCAUUUAAAUAUAGAAUUCUUAUUUGUAUUAACUGCGAGAAUUACCCACUUUUUAUUCUGCAAUUUUUUGGUAUUUCUCCUUGCUGCCUC